AUGGAGCAGCAAGACAUCUCCUACCGCAAGUCAGAUUACAUAGAGACAGCUAACAACAACAAGGUCUCUCGCCAAUCUGUACUGUGUGGCAGCCAGAACAUUGUGUUAGGAGGAAAAACGAUAAUACAGAACGAAUGUAUUAUAAGAGGUGACCUAGCCAACGUUCGUUUUGGUCGUCAAUGUGUUAUAGGAGCAAAGUCAGUGAUAAGACCACCGUUUAAGAAGUUCACAAAAGGAGUAGCUUUCUUCCCCUUCCAGAUGGGGGACCACGUAAUGGUCGGAGAAGGCAGUAUUGUUAACGCAGCAAGUAUUGGCAGCUACGUUAACAUUGGUAAGAAUGUGGUAAUUGGUAGAAGAAGUUUUAUAAAGGACUGCUCCGCUAUCGCUGACAACUCUGUUCUGCCUCCUGAAACUGUUGUACCUCCCUUCACUUUAUGGGCAGGUAACCCAGCUAAGAUAGUGGCGGAGCUACCGGAGUCUACACAGGACAUCAUGGUGGACUUAACACGCGGAUAUUUCCAUCACUUUAUAGGCCGAUAACUCCUCAUCAGUGUGGAUUUGCAGGAUAUUUAACUUGUUUCGUUCGUCGAUGGAAAACUCCAAUUUUAAUAAUUUGGCCGGUGCUCUGUUGGGUUGGGAACAAGAGCAUAAUUCUUAAUUUCCAAAAUUCCGGAAUUUACUUGUGGAGCUGGAGAAUAACUAUGUCAUGUCGUUAAAGAUUUGUAAAUAGUUAAUUUGUAAUUAUUAAUUGUAUGUAUUAUCUUGUACUUGUAUUUAAUCUUGCCUUCUUGAUUGAUUUUAUGACACUUAAUUAUGCCAAAAAGGUUUCUAAUAUUUGAUGACGUGCAGUUCCAUUUGUAUACCGCCGAAUCUGACAAAAGAUACAUGAUUUUGAGGAGUUGAAAGAUAAACUCCUCAAAAUAAUAAGACUCGUCCCCAGUUUUCACAUAAGAGAUACUGUUACAUUGGGAAUGGAAUUAAAAUAUGGUGGAUGAUUUCCGAAGUAUUUUUAGUUAUUUUUUGUACAGAUUUUUAAUUCUAUUUACCUUUAAACCAAAAA